AUGGCAAAGCAUCCCACUGUUCUUGAUUUAAAUCAAUUAAUAGCGGCUUACACGAAUUCACAGAUCACCCCAUUUAAAUGUAAAAUAGUUGUUUCUGACAACGACUCUGAGCGUCGUUUCAUGGAACAAUAUAUAGCCGCGAACCCUCCGACAUCAACGAAUGGCAUUUCGCAAACAAUAGGUAGUACAAACAAUCUCUUUAGUAACUCAUUGGUGUCACAAACGCCAUCUUAUGGAUUAUCGAUGUACGGGACUACGCCACAACCCAAUGAUAUAGAGAAGUAUAUGAAACCCAUUGGUGAGCCGGGGAAGUGUCAGAUAGAAGUGAGUUUUUUUAAGGGUUUAGAGAUGCGGUCGACGUUCCAAACGAAUCGACAGGAAGAAUUAGUCAAAGAGGUUGAAGGCAUUCAAAAAGAGAUGCAAGAGGCGCUCUCCGCAAUUCAAGACGAAGUCACCGAGCGCGUCGAAGAAGUCAAAGAACGUGCAAAUAAACUCGACGAGAAGAUAUUAACGGUAUUAACAUCGGUCGGUGUAUGUGAUGAACAAACUCUUGAUAGGUUCAAAGAUUUGCUUCAGAAGGUCGAAAAUUGUGAUGUCGAGAAGAAACUUACACAACUCCUUGGCGUCGUUAAAGAGAUCCAAACCCCUGUCGCUCCAAAUAUUUUCGAUGAAGAAACGACUAAAAAUGUCACUAACUUACUCUUCGAGGAACAGGAAAUUAUCGUCGGAAUAGGAAGACAAGUGACUGAGCUCAGAGCAAAGUUGGAGGAGAUGAAGCGAAGGCACGAUAAGCUCAACGAGUUACAUUGA